AAGUGAGCACAGGCUCUUCGUGAUUGAUGCCACGACCUCAAGGAGCAUCAUAGACACGGUGGGACGUAAUCGCAUGCUCGUAUUCAAAAGGGCCCCUCCUCCGCGGUCGCCCCUUCGACGCGAUGUAGAAAAAGAGCGGCAUUCUGAGGGCCUCAAACAGUGGAACGACUCCUCAGUCGCAAGAGAAGUGAUUGAUAUUUCAAAGCUCAAAGAAUUCGAGGGCACCAGUUUUUCAUACGUGCUGGCCUGUGAGGGGUCUUCGUGCAAUUCCGCGGCGCAGUCCGCCCAGGUCCAAGUCGAGAGACGCACCCAUAACGGGAGGAAGCAUGUACUGGACGCAACGAUUGUAGAUGGUUAUGAUGAUGGACAGAGUCCAAGGAAGCGGCAGUCUGUUGACUGUGUAAAGAUAUCCCUAUACAACCUGAUCCCACAGCCGCAUCAUCACCCUUACUCGCAUGCGACUGUCAGCCAAAGCUCAGAAUUAGAAAUCAUACAGCGUUUUGAGCCCUUCUCUAAGGCGCCUUUCAUUUCCAUUGGACCUGUCUCGCCGAGUAGAGCGGAGACUUAUUUUAGAGACCCGUAUGCUCGAAGUGCGUGGGUUAUUCCUGUCGAGGGCAAACUUCCAUGGAAAGAGGUCUCAACUGCGCAAAUAGAUGCUGCACAAACAACCUCUACCUCUCAACCGACUCAAGUCCUCGCGGCUCCUUGCAUUAUUAGCUGGACUCCGAGAGCGAUUCGCAUGUUCUGGGAAGACCUUCUCGUGAUUCGUAUGCACCAGGCACUAGGAGCAAUAUCCCUUUCCUUUCACGUAGCAUCUGCGAUGGAAGCUCAGUUGAAUGCCAUCACGUCGGCAAAUAUGCGACAGACACGUUCGAAUGGACUCGUCACCGACUCGUUAUGGCCUACUCCGCUUUCACCAAAGAACCUCAACUACUGCACUUACAUAAAGAUCUACCACGACACCCGCCUUACAAUGCAUGUGCGGUCGGUGCUCGAUGCUUGGAGGACUGAAAUCGAGAUUCCGUGGAAGGGCGAGGCACCGAAACUGACUUCGACAUCGACAAAGUAUCAAUUGCGCUCGGCCGCUGCACCCAUUCAGAAGAAAACUAGAUUUCGUCCCCUUCUAAGGGCUAAACUCGUCCUUCUAGAUGAAGAAGGACAGGCAAUCGGGAUAUGUUGAGUACGGGUAAAGACUGAAUGAGUACUCAUAAGAAUAUAGCGACUCAAUUCAUCGUUUGAAUCUACGGGACUUCAAAACAUCUUUAUACGUUAUGUUUAUGCUGUCCAUCAUUUUUUUUUACAAGGCUUUGGGAAUCGGAUGUGUUUGUUAAGUUCUGUAUCGUUAUCUCGUGGUACUUAAGCCACUUCACAGUUGUCCGUUCUUUAGAAAGCUGUUCAAAUUAUUUGAGACUCGUUGCUCCCACAGUCUACACUUUUAAUACUCGCUGUUUCCUUUUUUUACAUUCUGAGUCAGUGAUGCGUCCAAUAAUUGCAGCAGGACUUAGUAACCUAUCAUAUGCACGGGCCAUAGAGCUGCCAGUGUACUUUGUCAUUACUACUGUUACUGUAAUAUUUGGCCAGCAUCUAGACUAUUUUCUAAACAUACCAGAAUGUACUUUGCACGUAGUUUACUAUUCUUCUAGCAUUCCUGAAGUUAUAACUAAUCUAGC